AAUACUCAGAUGGAGCCAGAUAGCUGCAUCUUUACAUAACAUGUCCUCGCUCAUUUAGCCGAUCGACACACAAGCUUCCCCAUCUCAUCAACACCACCCACAAUAAUUCACAUCUCGCCACACAGCACUCACACCAAAACAUCAUAUCCAUUGAAAUCGAAAAAAAAAAAAAAACAUGGCUUCCUCGCACGCCUCCGACCGCGAUGCCCUCACCAAGCGCGUCCUCCCCGAAAUGACCCUCGCCCAAGGCCGCUCCCCCGCCGCCGAAGCCCGCAUCGACUCUCUCCACCCCGCCGCCCGCGACUCCGCAGCCGGCCGCUUCAGCAUCGCCGGCAACGCCGUCAUCACGGGCGGCACCGGCGCCAUCGCCAUGGUCGUGGCCAGAGCGGUGCUUCAGCACGGGGCGUCGGGUCUGAUGCUGAUUGAUCUCAAUGUUGAGACGUCGCGGGAUGCGAUUCGGGAGCUGCGGGACGAGUUUCCCGAUGUUAAGAUCGAGACUCGUGAGGUUGAUGUCACUGAUGAAGAAGCUGUGACAAAGGCCAUUGAUGAGACAGUCACGACGCUGGGCUCAGUCGAUAUGCUAGUCUGUCUUGCAGGCAUCGUGGGAUGCGCACACGCUCUGGACAUGCCCAUCUCUCAAUGGCGAAGAGUCCUCGACGUCAACACCACAGGAGCAUUCAUCUGCGCCAGAGCAGCAGCACGAGCAAUGGUCUCACAAGGCAACGGAGGCAGAAUCAUCCUAACAGCAUCGAUAUCCGCUCACAGAGUGAACUUCCCACAGCCGCAAGUCGCUUACAACGUUAGCAAGGGGGCAUUACUCAUGCUCAAGAGCUCGCUGGCGGCGGAGUGGGCGAGAUACGGCAUCACGGUGAACAGCAUCAGUCCGGGAUACAUGGAUACGGUGCUGAACGAGGGAGAGGGACUGGCUGCUGCACGAAAGGUUUGGAAUGAGAGGAAUCCGGCUGGGAGGAUGGGGUUGCCGGAGGAGCUGGCUGGGGUGGUGGUGAUGAUGUUGAGUAGGGCUGGGUCUUAUAUGAAUGGGGCGGAUGUUGUUGUUGAUGGGGGAGGACAUGUGUUUUGAGCGGUUGAUGCCUUUAUCGUAUAUAUGGAUUAUCACUUCCAGGUUGUGAUAUUUUGCAUCUUUGAGAUGUCCAAGUUUACAAUAUAGACGAUGCAUCUAUGGCGCAAUACACCAGUGUGCAAGUCACAGCCGAGCAACACCACCAAGGAAUGCAAAACAACAACCACAAACCUUUGAAAACGGCUUAUCUGAAACCCCAUGACUACCCAAAUCAAUAAAUCAUCUAUCA